AGCACCAGAAAAAACAACAAGAAAGAAAAAGUCAUCUGCAUCAACAUCAAAGUCCCCACCUCCAACUGCAAAAUGCACACCAAUCAAUUCUCAUUGGUCUCUCUCUUUCUCUCUACAAUGUCACUAUUACCGUCCCUGUAACGUUGUAGUAUACCUACAUCAUACUCCAUAUAUAGUAAAGCUCUGCACGGCUUUCAUUCCUUCACUACCACCUCGGUUCACCAACUCCUGAUUGUGGAUUCCUAGAGCCAUAAACAAACAUAUAUCACUGACUUUGGAAGCUAACUGGCUCAGUGCCUAAACAAGGUUUCAGGACUCUGAUAUCAUGGAAUCCCCACAAUCUGUUGUGUCACCAUUCAAGGGCUCUAUUUUGGGUGAUGGUGAGAAGUACAAGUCUGAUGUUUUCCCAAGAAGCUCUAGUCACUUGUCUAAGGACUUUGAAGUCAAUGGAAAGGAAGUUGUUGUGUCUAAUCCAGAGGAAUUCAUUGGAGUAGUUGAUGUUUACAUACACCAGGCAAGGGACAUUCACAACAUCUGCAUAUACCACAAGCAAGAUGUGUAUGCUAAGAUUUGCUUGACAAGUAACCCUGAGAACACUGUAUCUACCAAGACUAUAAAUGGAGGAGGAAGAAACCCUGUGUUCAACGAGAAUCUUCGCCUGAGCGUUAAGACCGUUGAGUCUUCUCUCAAGUGUGAGAUUUGGAUGCUGAGCAGGGUGAAGAAUUAUCUUGAAGACCAGUUGCUCGGUUUUGCCCUGGUGCCUUUGUCUGAAGUGCUGUUGAAGAAGGAUGAAAAACUAGAGAAAGAGUUCUCUCUUUCUUCAACUGAUCUGUUCCAUACCCCAGCAGGUUUUGUUCAACUGUCCCUCGCUUAUGCCGGUGCUUCGCCAGAUGUCAUGGCAAUUUCUGCAAUGCCUAGUGAAUUGGACACAAAUUGCACUGAGAAGGACUCUGAGUCACUGGCUAGAGAUUUGGAUAAAAUUGAGUUCCCGGAUCCGAAAAUCGCGAAUGAAGACCAUAUGAUGGUUUCAGAAUAUAUUGGAAUUCCAUGUGAGGAAUCUCAGUGUUCUGAUAGCUUGGCCACUACUACUGAUACUGAAAAUUCUGAAGCUGGUGUUCAGCUUGUGGAAAGGUUCUCAGCAUGCAGUGUUGAGUCUAACGGAGUUUCGUCUCCUUCGAUGGCUGCAAGCUCAGACUCAUCCGAUGCUGCUACUGUUACUAAUGCUGCUGCUACUGCUAAAUCUCCUAAUCAGGAACAAAUUUCCGGUACCAAAGAGAAAAGUGUUGUGGAUGUGAAAGAUGGUGGUGAGAGUGAUUCAUCAAAUGGGGUGGUGAAUAAUGAGUCAUUCCCAAAGCCUGUUGUGAGUGUGAACAUUGAACCAGAGCCAACGAUGGUGCAGCAGGAUAUAGUAGAUAUGUACAUGAAGAGCAUGCAGCAGUUUACUGAGUCAUUAGCAAAAAUGAAGCUUCCUAUGGACUUUGAAAGUGGACCAACUAGUUCAGGAAACUCAAGUUCUGAACAACAGAAACUGCAAGCUUCAAAGAGCAGUAACUCCCGUGUGUUUUAUGGCAGCAGAGCUUUCUUCUGACUUAGAUUUUAGAACAAAAAACUGAUAUCACUUGUGAAAUCAAAUAAUGUGUUGUCUAGUGUGGUCCUGUGCAUGUUUGGAAAUUCUCCCCCAAUUGAUUUCUGAGCCAGAUUCAAUUCAGUGGAGAAGUUUAUGAGAUUGAGUAGCUUCUGAAUUUCAGAAUUCAUUUUGUGAGAAGAGAAGUUGAUCCAAACAUGUUAUAUGUGUACUUCUUGAUAGGGAAUCUUAACUUUGUACUCUCACAGGCUUGGUCCUAUGUUAACUGCUACAUGAACUUUUUCUGUCUUA